AUGUCCGCUUAUAAUGAAUCUCCCAGCAUUGGACUAUUGGUGAGCGUAGGCCUGGUAUCCGGACUAAUAUUUUUUGAGUUUGUUUUGGCCGCUUAUAACGAGAGCUUUCGACAUAACCUAUGGAUCGCAUUCGUGUCGACAAUGGCCUCCCUGUCCGGCCUAUUCAUGUUACCCCUCGACGUACAAGUGUUUGGUUUUUUUGAGCUCAUGGUCCUUUUUCUAUACGUUUAUAUGCUUCGUGACAAAAGCCAACCCAAAUCAAUAGAGUUGGCUACGAUUUACUCGAGUGACUUGGAAAAGGCGGAUAUAUUUUUGUAUGAUAGCUCGGAAUCUUUUUGA